AUGAAACGCUCAUGGGUGCUGGUGCUGGUCGGCCCGGCGAUUGCUGUUGAUGUCAAAAAGUUCGAGGCGCAGAUUGGGCCUGGAGGUGUUUCCAAUGUGUCCUCUGUCACGUCGCACUUCCAAAGUUACAUGCGCAAAGCUGCAGAGCACACCAAGCACCAGAGGAGCGAUGACUUCGCUGUCCGUGAAGAUGCCAAUUCUGCUGAUCAGUUCACCCUGCGUUUGCUGAUCGGAUCUGAGAGCAACAGAAAGACGGACAUGGCCAUUGUCACCCACUUUUGCGAACCCAACUGGGCACCAGGCGCCUUAGCAUUGGCAGCGUCAUUGAGGAAGACUGGUACUCAGCACAAUUUGGUUGUGAUGAUCACGAGUGACAUCAAUGAGCGCUACCGGCGCCUGCUUUCGCACGUCUUUGACAAGGUCUAUGUGGAAGAGCCGGUGACGCCACAUGCCUCCAUCACCCGGGAUGGCGCGGACUGCGUGACCUUGCAGUUAAGGUCAUGGCAGUUGCUAUACCGGAAAGUCCUGUGCCGUGGCCAAUGA